CCAGGAAGCACAACACUAUCCAAGCUUCCAGCCCUGAGUGGAAAUCCCAGGUUCAGAAAAACAUUGCAGAUGGGCACAGCAAGGCAUGACCGAGAGAUGGCAAUCAAUGCAAAAAAAAGCCUGCCCACAAUUACCAACCCUUUAGAAAGACUUCGCCUGCACUGUUUAGCAAGGGGAUCUGCAGGCAUCAAAGGACUUGGCAGAGCAUUUAGGAUUAUUGAUGAUAACAAUAGCAGAACUCUUGAUUUCAAUGAGUUUCUGAGAGGACUGCAUAAUUAUGCUGUGAUGAUCAAUAAAGAAGAAGCUCAGGAGCUUUUCCAGAUAUUUGAUAAAGACGGCAGUGGAACAAUUGAUUUUGAUGAAUUUCUUGCUACACUGAGACCUCCCAUGUCCAAUGCAAGAAAAGAGAUUGUCAUGCAGGCAUUUCAGAAGUUAGACAAGACUGGAGAUGGUGUCAUAACAAUUGAAGACUUACGUGGGAUGUAUAAUGCAAAAUAUCAUCCCAAAUACCUAAAUGGAGACUGGACAGAAGAUCAAGUUUUUAGAGCCUUUCUGGAUAGUUUUGAUUCACCCUAUGACAAAGAUGGGAAGGUCACAAAAGAAGAAUUCAUGAACUACUACGCUGGAGUCAGUGCUUCAAUAGACACAGAUGUCUACUUUAUCAUCAUGAUGAAGAAUGCUUGGAAACUCUAA